CCCACUGCAAACUAUACCGGGAGGCCUCCACCAUGACCCGCACCCCCACCGCCACCCCCACCCAUAGCAAGCAGGGCCAAGACGUGGAGGUCCAAGCAGUGGCUAACGUGUGCAGCCGGGCGGUCUCCACCAGCCCCAGCCUGUUUCCUCUGCCCCGCCCUACAGAUUCACAUGGGCAGCAGUCCAUCCUGCCCCCCGCCACUAACUACACCAGGUCUCAGGUCCGGGUCAGACGAUUGACCCUGGAGGCGGGGUCAUGCUCCAGUCAGAGUGCCGGGGUGGUGCUCCAUGCAGAGGAGGCGGUGGCGGCUCCAUGCAGAGGUCGCCAGGCUGGGGGCCAAGCCAAAGAUCUGUCAGUCGGGGGGGCAGCAGCGCUAUGCAACAUCCAGCAGAGAGGAGCACUCCCGCCUCUGCAGCCCGUCUACCAGAUCAACAUCGGUGGUGGCGGCCAAAACGAGCCGGUAGCUAAAGCGAAUCAUCACCAGCAUCGAGGCGAGAAGGCAGUGGAAGACUCCCAAUCCAAGCCCAAUGCAGCAGAGAAACCAAAGGUGUCUAAUGAAGCGCAGACCGUGCCAACUCUGCUUCCUCCUCCUUCGCAGUCAACUUCUUCCGUUACCAAGCCCAGCCAGGCCUCAACGACAACCUCCAAAAAAGCAGAGGACACUAAACCCAAGACGGCAGUGAAAGCGGCGAAGGAGAGCAUUGUUAAGGGGGUUGGGGGCGUUAAGGCUUUGUUGGGCAAGAAGAAGCAGGAGCAGCUGGAGCCGGAGAGGAAGGAAAAGGAGGACGYAGARGAGGAGGGGAAACAGAAAGGAGAGAAGAGCGUGCACGAUGUGCUGUGGGACGAGCAGGGGAUGACCUGGGAGGUGUACGGCGCAUCCGUUGACCCCGAGUCCCUUGGCUUUGCCAUCCAGAGCCACCUGCAGUGUAAYAUCAAAGAACAAGAGAAGAAGGUCGUGACCCAGUCAUCACUCAGGAAGUCCAUCUCAGUGCCGCCGGUGGUGCCCGACUCGCCCGCCGCCGUUGCCGUGGACGACGCCAACAGCAGGAAAAACAAGAGGAGACAGCAGAACGUUUUCAGGUCCAUGCUGAAAAAUGUCAGACGGCCCAAGUGCUGCGCGCACCCUCCCCCUACCGCCGUGCUGGAGUGAGAAGGAGAAGCAGCGGGCUGUGUGCAGCCCACACCAUCAGCUGAGUCCCCUAUAAAGCAGGCUGGUUCACCCCUUGUUAUGGUUCCUCCGAUGCCAAGCCAUGUGUGGAUAUUGGGAUCUCUCCCUAACCCUACUGGUCAGAUGUUGUGGUAUACAAUGUUACCUUAGAUUGUGGUAUACAAUGUUACCUUGGAAGAGGGCAAAACUAAAAGCUCAAACAGGUUCUUGGUAUGGACAACUUAUUUUUUAGAUGAGAGAGAUUCUAACAGUAUUUAAUGAAAAAUGGCAAUACUAAUAUCUUAGUGAAACGCAUGUGUGUUAGUACUUAUGGCAGUCAUAACUCCUUUUACCACUAUGAAGUCCUGGUGUAUAUAGUACAUGCCUCUGAUCUUUGGGCGUACAUACAUAUUACUAUCAGUAUCAUACCUUUCAACAGAUGUGCAACUAAAUAUCACUCCUUCUCAGUGCAGUGGGUGCAUUUUGGUAUAUAUACAGUACGAUUACGUUCCGGGUGUAUUGAACAACCUCUAUUUAUAUYUUGUUUUUUGUUGCAGAUUUUAUUUUGAAUGGGAACUACUUAUUUUGUCUUGAUAAAGAAGAAGAAAACCUCUGCUGUGCUCAUUUCCGUAUGUCUUAUAUACAAUAUAACACUGGGCCUGUGUGCAUUUAGGUGCUCUAUAUUUAGUCUCUGUUCUCUUCGUUUUGGAUUAAAAAAAACUCAAGGUGAAAACUGA